UCGCAAAAUCGAGUGGCGCAUGCGCAGCCGAUUAUUUAAAAGAGAAGGAUAUUUUGUGUGUGGACGAUAUAUUCUUCAAAAUAUCGCUAAACUAUGAAAGCUGCAUUUUGUUUCUUGGCUUUGGCUGUGGCCUACGCGUGCGCAGAAACAUGCACAGAGACCUCUACAUGUGAUACCACUGUCACAACAUGCGGAGGCACGGCAGCCCUUGCUUGCGUAAAUAGAGUAUGUACCUGUUCGAAUGGCGAUGGCACUGGAGCUCUAAAUUGCACGAUGAAUGCUGACUGUCACCACCAACACCUUCACCACUGCAACAAAGGUCACUGGAUGUGUCAAGCUGGCCAUUGUCAUUGCGGCCAGGCACCAUGAGAAUUGUUCCGCUGUUAAUUGUACACAAUGCACAAUAAAUAUAAUCGCAG